AUGAUAAAGCACAGUUUGAAGAUUGAGGGCUUGGAUGAUGCAGUUGACAUUGUUGGAACUGGUGGUGACGGAGCAAACACAGUAAACAUUUCAACCGGGGCUUCAAUACUUGCUGCAGCUUGUGGUGCAAAAGUUGCAAAGCAAGGUAAUCGUUCAAGUUCCUCUGCAUGUGGAAGUGCAGAUGUAUUGGAAGCUUUGGGAAUAAUAAUUGACUUGGACCCUGAGGGGGUCACGAGAUGUGUUAAUGAAGUAGGCAUUGGUUUUAUGAUGGCACCAAAGUAUCAUCCUGCAAUGAAUGUCGUUCGUCCCGUAAGGAAAAAGCUAAAAGUAAAGACUGUAUUCAACAUUUUGGGACCUAUGUUGAAUCCAGCUAGAGUUCCUUUUGCUGUUGUUGGUGUAUACAAGGAAGAAUUAGUCCUAAAGAUGGCUAAAGCAUUACAAAGCUUUGGCAUGAAGAGAGCAUUGGUUGUUCACUCGGAGGGCUUGGACGAAAUGAGUCCCCUUGGUAAACUCUAUCUUUUACAUGAGAUUAUGAUUAUUUGGCAAUUCUAA